UCGGGAGGCGGGUUCCUUCCACUGGCUCCCGUGGUUCCGGGGCCGCGCAGUUUGGUUCCGGAGUAACUGUGCCCUAAGCUGCCGCCUUUCUGCUUCUGCUCCUGCCGCAGCCGCUGCCGGGACGCACGGCCUCGGGCGGCCGGGGCUGAGCCCGCGUGUCUGGCUCGGGUUGGGGCGGAGGACUCGUCCCCGACACGCCCACGGAGGGCCCCCCUCGGCUUUUUCAUAGUCUGGCGGCCACGGGGCUUCCUAACAGCCUGGGACAGAGUCCGCUCCUGGCUGGGACCCUCCCCUCGUCCGCAGAGCAGGAGUGCACCCCUGCCGCUGUACCCCCCUAAAACGGGGGCUUCCUCUGCCGUCUCCUCGCCUCCACACAGACGGCCGAGAGCUGCGCGACCCCGUUUUGCCCUCUUUCCCAACUCGAGAACCUUCUGACCUCCGCUAGUUCCCACUGGCCCCUGCCCCUCACCCCGUCCAGGCUCCCUGGAGACAUCCUCCAUCCCCACCCAGCUGGGCCUAGGAGGGCGCCUACGGCCCCUUCUUGACCCCCCCCCCUCCUCUCUAAUACCCCUCGCUCUCUGUCCCCUUCCCCUCAUCCCCCUCGUCACCCCUUGGAGCCCCCGCCUAACCAGGGGCCAUGGACACCCCCUACCCCAGGACGUGAGCCCCUUGAACUGUAAUGCUGUGGCUGGCCUUUGGCCCCUUCCAUGCCAUGGAGAACCAGGUGCUGGUGAUUCGCAUCAAGAUUCCAAAUCGGGGCGCCGUGGACUGGACGGUGACCUCCGGCCCGCAGUUACUCUUCAGGGAUGUGCUGGAUGUGAUAGGCCAGGUUCUGCCUGAAGCAACAACCACAGCAUUUGAAUAUGAAGAUGAAGAUGGUGAUCGAAUUACAGUGAGAAGUGAUGAAGAAAUGAAGGCAAUGCUGUCAUAUUAUUAUUCCACAGUAAUGGAACAGCAAGUAAAUGGACAGUUAAUAGAGCCUCUGCAGAUAUUUCCGAGAGCCUGCAAGCCUCCUGGGGAACGGAACAUACAUGGCCUGAAGGUGAAUACCCGGGCCGGACCCUCUCAACACAGCAGCCCAGCAGUCUCAGAUGCACUUCCAAGCAAUAGCUUAAAGAAGUCUUCUGCUGAACUGAAAAAAAUAUUAGCCAAUGGCCAGAUGAAUGAACAAGACAUACGGUAUCGAGACACUCUUGGUCAUGGCAACGGAGGCACAGUCUACAAAGCAUAUCAUGUCCCAAGUGGGAAAAUACUAGCUGUAAAGGUCAUACUACUAGAUAUUACACUGGAACUUCAAAAGCAAAUUAUGUCUGAAUUGGAAAUUCUUUAUAAGUGUGAUUCGUCAUAUAUCAUAGGAUUUUAUGGUGCAUUUUUUGUAGAAAACAGGAUUUCAAUAUGUACAGAAUUUAUGGAUGGGGGAUCUUUGGAUGUAUAUAGAAAAAUUCCAGAGCAUGUCCUUGGGAGGAUUGCUGUGGCAGUUGUUAAAGGCCUUACGUAUUUGUGGAGUUUAAAGAUUUUACACAGAGAUGUGAAGCCCUCCAAUAUGCUAGUAAACACCAGAGGACAGGUCAAGCUCUGUGACUUUGGAGUUAGCACUCAGCUGGUGAAUUCUAUAGCCAAGACGUAUGUUGGAACAAAUGCUUAUAUGGCACCUGAAAGAAUUUCCGGGGAGCAGUAUGGAAUCCAUUCUGAUGUCUGGAGCUUAGGAAUCUCUUUCAUGGAGCUUGCUCUUGGGAGGUUUCCAUAUCCUCAGAUUCAGAAAAACCAGGGAUCUUUAAUGCCUCUCCAGCUUCUACAGUGCAUUGUUGAUGAGGAUUCGCCCGUCCUUCCGGUUGGAGAGUUCUCCGAGCCAUUUGUACAUUUCAUCACUCAGUGAAUGUUUUCUUUUAUGAGCCCUUCACAUCAUCCACCUCUCCCCGACUCGUUCGGCAGCACUUAUGUGGCCUUGGAAGACCCGGUUGUCCACUGCCCUCCUUGUGCCCUCUUCCUCCCCCCAGGAUGGAGAGAGGAGGAAAUUGGGAGCAGAGGAAUGACCACCCCAAAACAGGAGACAGAGCCAGCUAGAGCCCGGUCUGGACAUGCUGGAGCUCCUUCAUAACUACCUUCACUUCUCUUCCCCUUCACCCAGCUCCUUACUCCAUCAGCCCUUCAGAGUCGUGUCCACUGGUGGACAAUGAGCCCUCCACUCCUGCGGUGCCCCGGAAUGGUGCGGUCGGGAGGCCGCGCUAAACUGAAAUGGUUGCACUGUCCCCAUCCCCGCCCCCAUGAUCCAUCUGGUGAUUACGCCAAAGUGAAACCAAGAAAUAUUCCUUAAUAUAAAUGUCAAGCUUUAUCACCUUUUUGACUAAGUGUAAUAUGUUACCUCUUAAUAAAAAUGUCUCAUACAGUUUAUAUUUCACAGA